ACAACAUAAACAGUAGAAUCGUGCGUUUCUAAUAUGAAAAAAAUUAAGAAAACAAAAUAUAAUGAUUCUGAACAGCCGUCGGAAUCAUGGACUAAUGAUUCUCAGGAUUACCGGGGACGAAAAAGGUUCAAAAAAGAAGAAAAUGUAUCCCAAUUCUCAGAAAUACAAACUGGGAUAAAAAACAGAUCGCCUGAAUCUAAAAAGAAAAAUUCCGACAUAACAGAAUCUAUUGUGUAUUAUGAAAGGAUUCUUAAAGAGCUAAAGAAAUGCCUAAAUGACGAUUCCAAAGAGUUAUUUUCCCAAAAUGUUCUUAAAGAAAGUGAAAACAAGGAAGUGGAACUGUGUUGUCACAAAGUUAGCAGCCACUGCAUUGAAGUUUUGCUUCCUCUUUGCAAAGACGAAGAUAUACUUCAGCGUUUUAUGGCUGCAUUUGCUCAAGAUAAGGAAACAGUUUGCACAGAUCCUAGUGCAAGUCAUAUAACUGAACUGUUAAUUAAAUAUUCCCUCCAAAAUGUCAAGAAUUGGAAUCCUGAUUUUGUUCCUGAUGAUGCCAAUCAAGAAAGCAAGCUGAUCAUGAGCUCAAUGUCUUGGCUUACAGAUUUUGCUGAUUUCAUCCAUGAGAAUUUUAGUUUGUGCCUCACAAAUGUAUAUUCAUGUCAUGUUGCUAAUACUUUGAUUAGAGCCCUAGGAGGUGAUUUAACUCAACAACAGGCGUUUAUGAGUAAAAAUUCUCAGGCUCAUAAACGACAGUUUUAUGAAUCAUAUGUUGAUGAAGACAAUGCAGAAAGACAAUGUAGUGAUCCUGUUAUUUUAGAAAAUGUUCCAAAAUUCUUUUUAAAAUCUUUGAAAAGACUUGCUAAAGCUUUGAUGACUCUUACAGAUAUUGAAGAUUAUGUUACUGAAAGUGCUGUUGCUACUGUGAUAGAAGCUUUACUUGUUGCUGUAAAGAAAAGACUUCCAAAACGCAGUAAAAAGUUAAUUCUGUGCUUAGCUGAAAAAAUUUUCCAGCAAAAAAAUCAAGAUGGCAUACCAUUUGCCCUUCUCCACAAAAACAGCUCUUACAUUAUAGAAGAAAUGUUCAAAGCAGCUGAUGAAGAAGUACAACAUCAGCUUUGGGAAGAGUACAUGGGAUGUUUUCUGAGCAAACUAGUAGUCCACCCAAUUGGGAAUUACAUUGUGCAAAGGCUUUUUGAUACAGCUACAAAUGCACAGCAUUUUGAAACUAUGUGCCAAUCUGUAUGGAAUCUGUUUGAUGAAAUUUUAAAUUGUCGUCAUUAUGGAAUUUUUGUUUCAAUUGCAAAUGCCUGCGUGAGACUCAAGGUGCAACAGGCACAAUUUAUGAAAAACAUAAUGCAGUGUCUUCAUUGUUUAGAAUCUGAAGAAAGGCAGCUUCAAGUAGUACCUCUCCUUCUUGGAUUUAAGAAGUAUGAACAAUACAUUGAAUCAAAAACUUCUCAGGAUAAGUUUAUUUGUUUGCAAGGAUCUCUCGUUUCACAAGCAGUUCUGAAAUUUCAUAAGCCCAUAAAAGUUGUCAACAGUUUGCUAAAUAUGAAACCUCAAGAUCUUGUGUUUUUGGCCUGUCACAUUCAAGGUUGUCAUGUUCUAAAUUCAUACUUUGCUAUCUCCAAUAAUGUGGGUGAGAAAAACAAGGAUAAGCUUCUGAAUCAUCUUAAGCCAGCUUUUGUUUCACUGAUUUGUGAUAGGAAUGGAAGCUUUACAUUAUCCAGAAUAUGGACACUUCUCUCUAUAAAACAGAAAGAAAUAGUUAUGAGAGAUAUAAUUAUGAAUGAAAAGAAACUCCAGCAGGAUCGCAAUGGAAGUGUCAUUCUCAAGAAAUUCGGUGCAUUUUACUUUAAAACACACUUUGAUGAAUGGAAACAAAUGCAAAAUAAUUUAACUCGCAAAAAUCAACAAAGAACUUUUUAAUUUUGUUAAUAAAAAAUGUAAAUAUAAACAAUUUGUUAUUUCCUGUGUGCUAU